AUGAAACAAUUGCCAGAAAACAGUUCCUUGCAACCAGUGCCUCAAGUUCGUCAGGCCAAAUCACCACACCUGAUAGCUGAAGGCCGAUUCAUAAGUGGAGAUGGCAACUCAGGUAACCUUGGUCAACGCUGUCAAAGUGAUGUUCUCGUUGAAUUUCCAAGGAAUGUAAUCCAAGAGAAGGGCUUGGAUACUGAUGGAACCCUAUUUCAGGAAAGGAUACUCAAACCACUUGGAGCUUAUGCCGGCUAUUCAGCAGAAUGGCGGGAACUGGCUCAGACAAUUUCAAGAGACAUAUUCCUUCAAAACCCCAACGUUCGUUGGGAGGAUAUUGUGGGUCUGGAUACUGCUAAGCGUCUUGUGAAGGAAGCCGUUGUGUACCCGAUUUCGUACCCAGAACUCUUCUCCGGAAUCCUUUCUCCUUGGAAGGGUCUUCUUCUCUACGGACCACCUGGAACAGGAAAAACGUUGUUGGCGAAGGCAGUCGCUACCGAGUGUAAAACAACAUUUUUUAACAUCUCGGCUUCUUCAAUUGUCAGCAAGUGGCGAGGGGACUCGGAGAAACUCGUUCGAGUCCUCUUUGAACUGGCUAGAUUCCAUGCUCCAUCUACUAUAUUUUUGGAUGAAUUGGACUCUCUCAUGUCCCAAAGGGGCUCUGAUUGUGGCGGCACAGUCGGCCAGGGUGAACACGAGGGCUCUAGGCGAAUGAAAACUGAGCUCCUUAUUCAAAUGGAUGGGCUGGCCAAAUCCAACGACCUGGUCUUCCUGCUUGCUGCAUCUAAUAUCCCAUGGGAGCUUGAUCACGCAAUGCUGAGGCGCUUAGAAAAACGAAUAUUGGUGGAUUUGCCGAAUUCCGAUGCCAGGAAAAGAAUGUUCGAAAACCUUUUGCCGCCCAGACAAAAGAGGUCCAAUUCUGGGUCUCUAGAGUUAACGACAAAUAUAGACUAUGCGCACAUGGCCGAAUUGACAGCGGGAUAUUCCGGAUCGGACAUUAGAUUAGUUUGUAAGGAAGCGGCUAUGAGCGUGGUCAGGAGAGUAUUCCCUCUGUUAGAGGACACGAGGAACACUGAAGCACCGAAAUGCAUGGAUCUACGCUUGGAAUCAGUCACGUCGGCUGAUGUCGAAGCGGCUAUUCGCACGACAAGACCCUCUGGCCGUGGCUUUGCAAAAAAAUACCACGAAUGGCAGGAAAAUUACGGGUCCGUGUAA